AUGGGGCAAAGAAGGAGAAAGAAGAAGCAGAAGAAACAUAUAGAUGCUGAUUGGGCAGGUCUGCCUGACAACAUUCUUGAGGUAAUCUUUGAGCGACUGAAUUUGAUGGAUUGUAUGUCUAUUAGUGAUGUUUGCAAAUCUUGGAGACGUGUUGUUGCGCAAGAACUUUCUGGUUGUCAAGGGCAUGGGUUCCCGUGGCUCCUAAUGUCUGGUGAGAAAGACAAAAGGGUUAGGACUUGUAUUAGCAUAUUGCAAGAGCUAGAGUGGGAGAUGUUGCUUCCGGAGACGUUUAGUAGAUACUGCUGGGGAUCAUAUCAAGAGUGGUUGAUUCUAGUUAGAGAUCUUGGCUCUUACAAGCUUGAUAUUGGAUUGUUUAACCCAUUCACUCGGAAGCAAGUUGAUCUUCCUGGAGCAUGGAACUUGUAUCACAAGAUGGUUCUCUCAGGGCCUCCCUCUCUUGAAACUGUAUCUGCAUGCUGA